CUUUCUCUCUUUCACCUGCUUUUUUUCUUUUCUUUUCGCUUUCCCUUUUUUUUUUCACAGAUGCUAGCAGCACCUAAUAACCCUACAAGGCAAUCGAAUGAUGGUACGAAAGGCAACAAAAAGUAUCAAUUGUCAUUUGAUGCGUUUGAUUCACCCUUUCAUACGCCUUCCUUAUUUGGUUCUAUCAAAUAUAACGAUUUUAAUCAUCAGCAUAGCAAGUACGAUGCCUUUUACUCCAGUCAAAAGGAAGACUUCCGUGGUCUAAAUUACCCAUUAAAUGCACCACAACCAACAACAGCUCCACCACCAUCAUCCGAAUCUUUCUUUCAUGCUAUGGUCGACUUGGAAUCAUCAGGCACAAGAACACCUUCACCCAAUAACGAUCAUUUUAUUGGAGACGAUUUCUUUAAAGUGGAGAACACAGCACCUCCUUUUCUGUACAACCAUCAAUCAUAUCAAAGAAAGACUGAAUUGACUACUUCAACCCUAACUUAUCCUGACACUUUCUCUGGCGUUUUUUAUGAUCAACAACUACAGUCAGAUGACAACAGCCUUCAUUAUAUUGACAGACUGUCAAAUGACGAUUUACGUCAUCAAUUGAGAGAGUCCAUCGAUCAAAUUCAAAGACUGGUUAUGCAAUUGAAUGUGUUACAUAUCGAAUCCGAAAAGAAAAAAGCCAUGUUUAUGAACAUCCAAAAUACACUAGCCAAUAAAGAUUUGGAGUUUCAAGAGAAGGAACAAAAGCUAUCGUUGGCUGUACAGUACUGUGAUACGCAAACGAAGAAAGUGAAUAGUAUGAAGGCUGAAAUAGCCAUGUAUCAAUCUUUGGUCCUAUCAAAAGGUCUGGAACUUCCGGCUAUUUCAGGAGACAAGGCGGUAACAAUGGAAUCUUCCGAGAUCAAAUUCAGUAAUAAUAAAUCUAAAUAUCCUGAAACGAGUAAAUCAGUAGAAACUGUACGUAAUACUUCUGCUGAACCUGAAGUGUAUUACAACACGGGUAGACGAUGGAGUGAAGAGAAAUCUCUUGCAAUUAUGACACCUACAGCAGCAAUUAUUACUGAUAAGAAUGUGAAUGUCAACUGGGAUUCAUUAGUGGAUCGUAUCAUCACAGACACUGAUCAAAAAGCAUCUUUGUUUUUACAAAGCAAGUUUAAAUGCGCCACAUUAGACCAAAAACAAGUAAUUUUCGACUCCAUUUUAACUCAAGUGCAAGAUUUAAUGACGAAUCGAUUCGGAAAUUUCCUAGUUCAAAAACUUUUGGAAUUGGGUACUGAAGAACAAGUCGAGGCCUUGGGCAAUUCAAUGAAAGGUCGUAUCUUGGAAUUGACUUGCCAACCCUUUGGUUGUCAUGUUGUACAAAAGGCUUUGGAUCAUGUCAGUGAACCUGUCAAAUCAUGUCUCGUAUCUGAAUUGUUUGUUCGUAUUCCUGAAACCAUCACUCAUAAAUAUGCUUGUCACGUAUGGCAAAAAGUGUUUGAAAUUAGAUGGACCAUCACUCCUCCUCCCAUGAUGAAACACGUUCAUGCCUCUCUCAAAGGUCACUGGGAUCAAGUUGCUCUGGAUGAAACUGGAAGUUUAGUCAUUCAAAAUAUCUUUGAAAACCUCACGGAAAAAGAUAAGAGACCCAUUUUGAAUGAAGUGCUCAAGAACACAGUCGCCAUAUCCAAAGGCCAAUGGGGCAACUGGGUUAUUCAACAUAUUCUGGAACAAGCAGAAAAAAGCAGUGACCGAGAAGCAGCAUUUAAGAUUGUGAUUGAAGAAGGUGUGCAAUUAAGCACGGAUCAAUUUGCAUCCAAAGUAGUUGAAAAGGCGUUACGUAUUGGCGGCGAGGAGUUUCUUUCUAAAUUCAUCAAGCGUGUCUCUACAGUCAACCACACACAUCGUCAUCGUAUGCCUCUUAUUGAUAUUGCUUCUGAUCAAUACGGUAACUAUGUCGUUCAAUGGCUGAUUAAUAAUGCAACAGAGGAACAAAGGAUCUCGAUUUGUCGCUUAAUUAAACGUCAUAUGGUCUCUCUCCGCGGCUCCAAGUAUGGACAACGAGUUGCUUUCUUGGUAGAAAAAGUGUUACGCAAUGUGGAGGUAACAACCUACCCAUUAGCAUCCUCCUCCAAGCAAUAAUGAACUCUUCCAAUGUGUAUAUCUCUCUCUCUCUUUUUUCUUUUUUUGUUUAUUUAUUCAAGGUUGUCUCUGUAUUACCUCUUUCUGUAAUUUUACUUUUAUCAUUUAACAAACAAAAACAACAAAAAAGGACAACAAUCCACAUACACACACAACUUACCACACACAUAUGUUAUUAUAUAUCUAUUAUUUCAUGAUAUAUACUGUUUCUUUUAUUAUUUACAAGAAAUAGAUAAAAAAAAAAAAUUAUUAUUAUCCCUUUU